UCGUUCCAUUUAAAAGCAUCCAAACAGAGCAGAACUUAUACCAAAGUACGCGUGAGCCGCGGCAGCUCUGUCAUUACGUAAUGACGCACGCCGGUCUCGUGUGUGGCACUCCCGGUCUGAAGUCACCACUGGUCGACACAUUUUACCGGCCGGCGGCCUCUUCUGCUGCGUGUCGGUGGCUGGCCCGUCGCCGGCGGCGGUCGGCUCGGCGGCGGUCGGCGGCGGUCGGCGGUGAUCCAGUCUCGUGCCGCCCGGCCCAGCCGCAGGUCCGUCCGUCCCGCUGUCCGCUCCCAGAGCCGAUCGGUGGAGCGCUCAGAGCCGGCGCCAGUGCCAGUGGUGCUGCUGUGUGUCUGUGGACUGGACUGCUGCCGCGGCCCCGGCCGCCCCACAACGCCUAGCCAGGCGCUCCCUGGUAAUUCAGGGAAAACAACAUGAAGUUAAACACAUCAAAAGCAAUUGUCUCGUUAUGCUGCCUUAUGGUGGCACACGCGCAAUAUGACACCCAGCUGGUGCGGCCGGCCAAUAUGCCUCAGAUCACAAACCUGGAGGUCAUGUGCGCCAAAGAUCGCAUGACAGUCCAAAUCGGAUUCUCACAGCCGUUCCAGGGUUUGGUAUUCUCCAAGGGUCAGUUCAACAGUCCGAACUGCGUCUACGUUAAACCCUACACAUCACUGGGAGCGUAUACGUUCGACAUCUACUUCAACAAGUGCGGCACGAAGCCGGACCUGAACGGCAAGUUCUACGAGAACACCAUCAUCGUCCAGUACGACAACGAGCUCAUCGAGGUCUGGGACGAGGCGAAGCGCCUCCGCUGCGAGUGGUACAACGACUACGAGAGGACGGCCACCAAGCCUCCGGUGGUCAUGGCUGACCUCGAGGUUAUCGAGCUCAACUUCCGAGGCGAUAACGUGGACUGCUGGAUGGAAAUCCAGGACGGCAAGGGGCCCUGGGCCAGUCCGGUGACGGGGAUCGUGCCCAUCGGCUCCACCCUGACCAUGGUGGUGGCGAUCAACGACCCCAACGCCGAGUUUGACAUGCGCGUCAAGAGCUGCGAGGCCUCGGAUGGUAAGAGUCUGCCCAUCUUCCUCUCUGACGAGCACGGCUGUGUCCUCCGCCCCAAGAUGCUCAGCAAGUUCCAGAAGCAGCGGGGCAGCGACGGCCGCGCCUCCGUGCUCACCUACGCCCACUUCCACGCCUUCAAGUUCCCGGACAGCAUGUACGUGCACCUGCGCUGUAAGGUGGAGAUCUGCCGGCACGGCUGCCCGCGCCACUGUCAGAGGCCGGCCCCGGCCGCGGGGUACGGAGGACACCCGCUGCUGGCGGCGGGCAGUGAGAAGGACCAGGUGAGCGUGGCCGGACUGCCCGACCCGAGGACUGCCGGAUCCAAGACCGCAGCCGAGAGGGUGGACCUGGGGGAGAAGCUGCAGUACCUGACCGAGGACACCCCGGCUCCGGCCCCCACCACGACCUCCACUCCCGAGCCCGCCUCCGCCGAGGACGGGGAACAGGUGGCGUCCUCUGCGAACCUCAUCACCCGCCAGGCGGUCCCACCGACGCGCAAACCGCUCAGCCAGCGGUUCGACUUCGGCGGCCUGGCUCAGAAGCUGCGAGAGCUGGUCGGUGGGAAGGCCACCAUCAGCCGCUCGGACACAGAGGAGACGGAGGAACUGCCCGACCCCAACGAUAUCCCAGUGGCGGCCGCGCAGACGGGCGCCGACCCCGCCGCUGACUCUGCCGCCGUCCCCUCCCCCUCCUCCGGGGCUCCCGCCACUGACGACUCCGACAAGGAGCCCUCGGACGCCGGACUGAGCAGCGUCGGCGCGGACCGCACCAAGUUCCCGUGGGGCCCGCGCAGUCUGCACGUGCGCCGCCGCCGGUACGUGGUGGGCGACUCUGGCCGGUCCACAGACGUCGGUGUGACCUCCACACUGGAGGUGCUCUCCAUCAACGACCUCCAGGAGGCGUCCGGCAGCGCCACUGGCGCAGAGCGCAGCACCCCUAUCCUGCAGGGACGGAUCGUCUCAGCCCGGUCCGGCGUCUGCCUGCCGGCGGCCGGCUUUGCUGCGCUGUUUGCGCUCCUCGCCGUGGCCGCGGCUGUUGCGGCGAUAGUAGCUGGCUUCCUGUGCCGUCACCGGCCGCGGGCCAAGCACUGCGAGCCCGUCUGCCGGCCCGGGCCGCUGGGCGCGCCCAUGACCGGCCCGCCGUCUCUGGCGGGGUCCAUGGUGGGCCCUGCGUCCCUGGCCGGGUCCAUGGCGGGUCCACCGUCCAUGGUUGGAUCCAUGGCGGGCCCUCCGUCCAUGGCCGGCUCCAUGGCGGGUCCCCCGUCCAUGGCCGGCUCCAUGGCGGGCCCUCCGUCCAUGGCCGGCUCCAUGCAGGGCCUGGUGCCGACCCGCCACUGGAAUAUGGUCGGCUACAUCCGACAGCGGCUGCACGUGGUGUUCUGAGCGGAGCGCCAGUGCCGCGGACGGACACCGGGAGUCUGUUGUGAUAGCCGAGCGGCGGUACCGUGGUCGGACGGAGCUCCGGGCGCGGCGGGGCCUCAGAGGGACCCCGCCGUCACCACGGGCCAGUACCGACCCGCUUGGCAGACGGGGUGAGCGGGUAAGCCGGGAACACUGACUCGACAGGCGAAACGGCGGGUAUACACGACACUUCAGCAGCUCAUUUAAGACGGCAACGCUUCAUUCCAUGAAAGAGUCUAGCGAUGUAAAAGUACUUAGCUCAUUCAUGCAUCCGAGUGUUUCACUCCUAUCUGGUAGAUCCAGCUUUGUCUUCAGUUAUCCUGUGAAGAUGUUUUUGUUGCCGUUUCGCCUGCCGUUCUGUCGUUCCCGCUAGAGUGCAUAGUGGAGAUUCUGAAGGCGAUAGGAGGCGGCGUCGGCCGCACAGACGUUCCUGUCCCAGUCUAGAGGGUGCCGCCGCCGCGGGGAACUUGGUCCUGCAAGGGUGCUGCAAUAGGGCUCUCCUAGACACCGGACUGAAUGACUGAGGUUAAAACUGACUGGAACACUGAACCAAUCAUUUCUUUGACGAGCAUGGCCGCAUAAGGUCGUUUUUUGGGACUGACUACUGUCACUUAGACAUUCUUUCUUAGCCUGACGAGACCAUUCUGACCGACUGAGACAUCCCAUGACCGUUAAGUUAGACGACCACUGUCUGGCUCGAGCGUUCUUUGACAGUAUUCCUGACCGACUGACGGACCAACUGCUGUCUGACUGACGACUAAUCCACUGACUGACAACUGUCGCUGACCGAGGCGAGGCCCUUUCUUCCUAGUACUCCCUUUAAAUCAACCGAUCCUUACUGACCGACGCGUUGACUGACUGAAUUUCCAUCUGAUGACUUUGCCUGUAAUUGGGAGUUCCCGUUGGCGAUGUGUUUAAUAAAUAAAUAAAUAAAUCUGAGCUGACCUGACUGUCCAUCCCGGGAUUUUUGACCCUUGACUGAAUGACAUUUGACAUUGAAUGACAUUUGAACUGAACUUACCAUUGACUGGAUCCACGGAUAGCUGACUUUUCUUGACAUUUUCUUGGACCCUACCAACCUUUGACUGAAUCACCGCCUUACCUACAUGCAAUGCAGUGUCUAGGAGAGUACUGAGUCCCUUGUGACAGCCCCUGCAGACUAAGCGGGCACAUGUGGCAGACUUGAGGACUAGCAGCUCUCGUGAGGGCGCCACUGUGUCCCGUGUCCUUGUCUGUGCGACUGCGCUCUGUAGGUAUGUGUGCGAGUGGUGUGCGUGUGAUAGACAUGUUUUGAAACAGUCACUGCAAUGGGGCCUCAGCGUGGUUCGGCUGCUUUGUGUCUGUACAAUCAGAGCUAUCGAUAGGCUGAAUGACGCGAUGAGAUGCAGUUAAAUAUUUAUUGAGUGUUCCUGAUGACUCGCGUGAUCGCGACGCGGCGCGACGAUCCGAGAUUGGUGCUGCUCUUCUGACUGCGGCGAAGGAGCGCGCUGUGGUGCUCCAAACCAGUCCCGCUCGCGGUACUGUUGUUAGUGGGUGUUCCACAGAGCGGCACCGGUCGUUGUGCCGCUCCCGGUAACAGGAGUGUUCCGUUGUUACUUUCUGUGUCCGCCCCGCCGGACAGCACUGCUCACAGGGGCGGUGUAUGUGUGUGUGUGUGGGGGGGGGGGGCAGUCACACCCGCGCACCCGGUCCAGUCGUUUUCAUGCACGUUCUUCAUUGUGUACAAAGAGUUAUCUAAGUAGUUACAUAUGUCCGGCGUCACAUCUGAGCCCAAUGCGGAAUGUUUUUUUUUAUUGCAGUUUUUUGACUUUCUUCGAGCGAAAGUUCCGCGAACGUCCCCGGGUGAACUAAGUGAAAAUUUAGGAAUGUCUCCUGUAUGGUGCCGAGGGGCACAUCGCUCGAUGUAAUGAACUUACAUAGAACUGAAUAUUUGCUCAUGCACUGCUGUAUUGCUCAAUGGUUUCUGCAGGGCUUAUUGCAAGUUAGGUCAGGUAUAACCUAAUAACUAUGUGCUCAAUAUGCCUUAAAUUCAACGGUGUCGACAGCUAUUUGUUACUGGAAGCCGUUUUGUUUUACGGCCUUUGCACAAAUCACUUGCUUUGUUGUGCUCUAAACUGUUCCGAGCCGUGCGAACUUGUUACACUGUAUUGCUGAAUGGUUAUUUAUUCUAUUUAUCAAUAAAACAAUGAACCUUUA